UGUCGCGCGAUAAAUUCGUGUUCGAGAUCCAAAUGUAGCCAUCUUGUCCGACACGACGAUGCGAACAGGUGAUCCCUUGCGCCUGCUGGUGCUGCUCACUGCAGUGCCAUUAUCAAGUGCCGCGGUGCACCAGAGUUUCAAUCCAUCCACUGCGACCUGUUCGGCCCCAAUCCGAGCGCAAUUGGACCCGGCGCCGCUCUCAUCGCACGAUCAGGAUCUGCUCCAGCACCUGCUGCCCCAGCCGACUGUACGUAUGCCUUCAACAUGGCGACGCUCCCUUUGUCGAUUGAGAAGUGACGCACCGAUGCAAUACACAGAGCGAUCAACCAGCAGUCCGAGGCGAACUUCGAGCCCCUUUCCACAUUCCGUGCCAGCUCACGUCGUUCCCUCAUCUUCAAGAGUUCGUUGAUGAGAUCCACCAACAACACUUGGUCGGCUUCGAGGUGAAGGAAUACGCCCAGCCUCCUCACUUGAUCUUCUUUGACGAGAAUCAGCAAGUGGUGCAAACCAUUGUGGUGUCGCCGACGUGGACAGGAUUCGAACUCCGGGACCUAAUUCAGGACAGCAUGGGGGGCUAGUACAAUAUCGUUGGCUUGGUUAACAUGUUAAAAAAAAAACUCCAUUUGCUUAAUACUAGAUGCAAUAUCGUUGACGUUUUAUUGAAAAAAAAAA